UCUGUAGAGGCUCUAUCAUAAUUAGCUGUUCGCGAGCGAGGAGAUAUCAGAGGCAAUGCGUGUGUAAAUUAGCGUUCGUGCGUAAAAACAAGCCGUGAAGAGCAAGCGUUUUGGCCCAGUGUCGUUAAACUACAGAAACUGUGAUGGUGAACACUUCUCACUACUAGCUGUUAUCUGUGCGUCUCCAAAUCAAACACACCUGCGCUUCUCUCUCUCUCUCUCUCUCUCUCUCUCUCUCUCUCCUAAUGCACUUUGCGCGCACCCAGCCCCGAGACUGAAGGACAUUGCAAAGAGUCGGCAUUUCGGGGGCGCGCACGCGUGCAUGCGCUCCGUUAGUGGAGCCGCUGGUAAUAAGUGAAUGACCUUAUCGUGGUGGUGUAAUGUCUCACUGGUGAGGGAUUGGGUUUGGAGAUAAUAAAGCUGGGCUUCACCGGUCCUCGCCUCUCAGUCGCUUGAUGGAGACGCUGGCCUGAGCCCCGCGGAGUCCCUGCACUGUCCACGGCGGGCAAGAGGAACACCUGUAGCUGGGGUACAGCCAACGACGUCGCUCUGAUCCAUGUGGAGCUCAUUAUUUCAUUCCUGAAGAUCACUCCGGUGCGACGCGCAACACCAGUUUGGUGAACUUUUUCUUUUUUUCUUUCUUUUUAUUAUUGCUCAGAGGGAAUCUGAAAUCUGGAAUCCGUCCCCGGAGUUAGAGGCUUCUGCUUAACUUGUUCCAGAAAGGUAUACAAAUGCUCUCCGUCCAGCCGGACACCAAGCCAAAGGGCUGUGCCGGCUGCAACCGGAAGAUCAAGGACCGCUACCUGCUGAAGGCCCUCGAUAAGUACUGGCACGAGGACUGCCUCAAGUGUGCUUGCUGCGACUGCCGGCUGGGCGAGGUGGGCUCCACGCUCUACACCAAAGCCAAUCUCAUCCUGUGCCGGAGAGACUACCUACGGUUGUUUGGUGUAACAGGGAACUGUGCAGCCUGCAGCAAGCUAAUCCCAGCCUUUGAGAUGGUCAUGAGGGCCAAGGAGAACGUCUACCAUCUGGACUGCUUCGCCUGCCAGCUCUGCAAUCAGAGGUUUUGUGUGGGAGACAAGUUUUUCCUGAAGAACAACAUGAUCCUGUGCCAGACAGACUACGAGGAGGGGCUGAUGAAGGAGGGCUACGCUCCCCAGGUCCGCUGACCUCCACGGGCAGAUGAGGAGGAGGAGAAGGGAGGAGGAGGAAGAAGAGGAGGAGGAGGAGUGGGAGAUGGAGAGAGACUGAAGGAGGAGAGCUUUGCAAUCACACAACAAAAAGCACUAUUGCCUCCUGACUGUCCAGCUUCUGUCCGCCACAUGUACAUAACCAAGAAAGCUUCCCUCGGAGGGAAGACACUCUGCUGUACAGAAUAGCCAUAGAGACUGCAAGUGUGGCAGGGGAAGGCCUUGGAAGCCUACAACGGACUACAUGUAAAAAAUAAAAAUAAAAAAAAAAAGUUUGUUCAUUUGUUUGUUUGUGACUGAAGGAUGCUGCCUCUUCCCUCCCACCCACCAAACACCGGCCUUAUAGCGAUUUCUAACUUAAAAAAAAAAAAAAAAAAAAAAAAUCCACCCUUAACCGCCCAAAAUCACUCCUGUCUCAUUUUAGCCCACAAGGACG